AUGAUUCCUAUUGGGUCUACUGAUAUUCAUGUCUUCUUUGAUUCUGAGGAUAAGAAAUCCCUUGUGUCUCUUAUAUAUAACGGAACGAUCAAUAAGUGGUCUAUAGGCCAUCUACCCGCUAUUAAAGAUUUUACUAAAGAUCCAAAGUCCGGUUUCUCUGCUGCGGCCUGGUUAAAUCCCUUAAUUAUCCGGGUAUUUUAUAUUAAUAAAGACCGACUUACCAGUGAGUGGACGUUAGAUGGCGGAUUGUGGAUUAAUAUAACUGAUACCUUGUCGACCAGUCUUGGAGCUGAGCCUUAUGGCCCUGUUGCGGCUUCUCGCAGUGUGAAUGGCUCGGGGAGAUACCUUGAAUAUUUCUAUACUGCAGAUGGGGCCUAG